ACUACUCACACCAAUUACUCACGCUCUUUACCCCACACUCUUUUACUUUUCCGUUAGAUCCUAAUUCGACGCAUCUCCGUCCUCACACCAUGUCUCACUCACACAUCCAUAACACUUUUGCACCCUCGACACUCACUAACCCAUUUGCUCCUGCUCCUCUUCGACCCAGAGCUUCAGGUAACGGCGUCAUAGGAAAUGUUCUCUCCGCCCCUCACGACACUGACGAUGGGUCUUAUGCGGAUAACGCUAUCAUCCCGAAAUUGCACUCUGAUACUAGGAAACCUGUCGAUCGUUCAGAUCCAAAAGUCUCCCAAGUUGCCAGUGCCGUAGUGCAAAACGUAAAAAGUUCCGAGGGCGAAGCCGCCGUCCAUGCGAACCAUCAACAUGGUCCAUAUGGUAGACAACCUGUUGGUUUCCUCACUCCGAACGUGCAACGUAAUCAAGGCUAUGGAUCUCAUGAUUACACUCAAAAUUCCAAUAGCAUCCCAUCUACCAAUGGUCUCGGACUUGCUUCUAGUCCCCAGAGGCAAAAGCAAUCAGACACAAAUGCUCAAGCCGAACAUUCUCAAUCUGUUCCUAACCAGUCACGCACCCAACCCACACAUGGUAACUACCCACCUAUCCGCAAUGUCCCACCCGCAAUCACUACCGGUCUCGUCCCACCACUCUCUAUCCUUCUCCCAGCCCCAGCAUCUCCCAUCUGCCCGCUCCUUGCUGCCCCCCCUCAAGCACAUUACUCGCCCCUCCCCUUUCCUUCCUCGCCGCACCCAUCUCCGCAUCGCACUACCCCUUCCUCCUCCCCUUCGACCCCGAAACAUAUCUUGGCCCACGCCCGAGCCUCAACUACAUCCGAAUCCAUAAGGGGGUUCGACCUUUUAGCGGAGAAAAAGGCGUCCUUCAGGGAAGGAGAAGAAGAACUGAUGACGCCAUUUUCUCCGAGACCGAGGAAUAAACCGAGUGCACUGAGAGAUGGGUUGCGAGCGAGUGGAGCAGACUUUUGGAAGAGAUAUAGUGUGAGUGUAAGGCUAGAUGAAAUUGAUAAGCAAAAAGGACCCUCUAGUGAUUGGUUAUCCAAAGCCCAAGCGAACAGAGGUAUACUCAAGAAGAUGGCCUGGUCGUUCACUUUGAUGACUCUAGUUAUAGUCGCGAUCAUUGUCGUUGUUGUUGUGGUCACCAAUAAUAAGAGCGAUAACAGUUCCAAAACCAAAAGCAACCUUUAGGGCUCAUUCCUGAUUCCCACUGCUCACUUGAACUUUUGAAAGGCGGCAGACCGACUGUUUCGCCAAGUCCGAACCUUUUUGGCAAUCCUUGGCUGCCUCAGCCUCGCAGGUGCCUAAUCAAAUCAAAAAAAAAGAGGACGACUAGAAACAUAUAGGUAACAUGUACAUUAUAUGUAGAACCUAAAAUCUGUAUCACCUGGACUUUAUUCUAUGGCCCUUCGGACAUUUUUCUGUGAUUGUACGGUCGCCCUUAUACUUUCUAUACCCAGCCUAGCAGAGGCUUAUCAUGUAAUGACUGGUGUGCAUCGCUACUCUGGAAAUUUUGACGUG